UUUAUGCAAGGCUAUCAUUUCCGACCGAUCGACGUCAUGUCAACCAUCUUGCUUUCAUAACAAAGCUUUAACAAUUUUGUAUGUUUUAUCAGAAAAGAUGGCACUAGAUAAAAAUUACUACUUGUACAGCACGAGAAGAGAUACUUUGGAUUCUGAAGAUGAUUCUGCUCUAAUUUCCAGAGCCAGAGAUGUAAUAAGCAGAGCAUCAGGUCAAAAUAUGCCCGCGAUACCAGGGACGCUUGAACAUCAGCGACUCCUUACAGCAGCAGGGAAUUGGGGAGUGGAGAAUGCAGUGUAUGCAUCAGCAGCGGCAGCUGAAGCUAGUAUGGUUCAACGACUAGAUGCUGCAAUUUACAAUGAAGUUCCAGGCGACUAUAGUGAAGAGAAGAAAGGUCGAAGAAAGGACAGACGGAGGGACAGAAGGAGAGACCGUGAUGAGCGAAAACAGCUAUCAGACAGGCCAUGUAGGACUAUCCUUAUCAAGCAUCUCCCUGCUGAAGUUGAUGAAACAUAUCUGCGAGGGAUACUUCAGCUGUUUGGUGCCCACAUCCAGGACGUCAGACUGGUCAAACACAAAGAUUCAGGUGAGACACAGAAGCCCCACACCAUUUCAUAAAAAAUGGUUGGCCAGACUUCAUGGAGUAAUAGGUUUGAAAGCUGGACAGUGCACUGGUCAAGGGCUGUAACAUAGGCACGUUCUGAUUAUGGCAGAUGCACUGCAUGCAAUGCCAAAUGAGAGAGGAACAAUGUUUUUUUUAAACUUCUGAAACAAAACACUGAUGAAGGAAUCGUUGUGUACACAUUUUUCAUCUUUUGCUCACCUGGGCAUUUAUGUUAUGUGUAUUAACCAGCUUUAUCUUCACAGGGUUCAAAGAUGAGCACAGGUAAGUUUAUGAUUAAGGCCUUCGCUAGGUCAAUGUUGGAUAUGAACUUAGAUUAAAAGUGUAUUCAAAUUAGAAUAAGAUAUAGUAUGACACAUUCAGCUUUUGGGUGCCACCAUUGUUACUCUGUGGUGGUAUCUGUAUGUGUGCUCCAGAUAUAGUGUCAUUGUCAUUUCAUCAAAAUAGUCAACUAGCAAGGUUGAAAAUUAAGAAUAGAAUAUCAUUUGUGUUAUUGCAAGGUUAUUUACUUUGCUAAUUUUGACAUUCAGAGUUUAAUGAACACCACUUCUCUGUAUUUAGUAGUAUUAAUUUGAUUGAAUAGGUGGAAAUUAAAGUUACGUUGGAAUAUGUGUUUGCAUUAAUAGCCAUUCUUCCUUGCAGUAAAUUUUG